CUUUAAAUACAAGUUGCAUCAUAGACAAUAUAUUCGUUUGUGGUUGCAUUACACUAAAAUUUUAAAAGUUUCAAUACCGUACAUAUUUUCGAGGUAGACAAUUUCUCUUAGACUUUGAAUUUACAAGUUAUCUUCGACUUCAAGAAAUUAAAACUGUUUCCAAUUUAAAAUUGAUCGAAAAAUACUUACACUGACAAAGUAUGGAACAAACGUGACAUUAACUGAGACUUUGCAUCUCAAGUUCUGAAAUACCGACCUGGAAAAAGAUCAGAGUGUUUCUUACACCCUCUGCGAUUUGCUAUGGCAAACAUAAGAGCUACAUUGAAUUCAAUCUUCACAGAUAAUAAAGCUAGUUGCUACAAGAAGAUCUUCAUUUGUUAAUAAAUAUCUUAUCAAGUUAGGCAGAUAGGAAGAUUCAUCUCUGAUAGAGAACGCUAAAAUCAGAGUUGAAUGUCUAAGCUGAUAUGGCAGUCACGAAAUAACCUCGCCGUGAUAAAAUGUAAUACCGACAAUAGGUAUAGCACAAUACUGUCAUCGCCUGGUGAAAUGCGAAAUUACAGUGUACAUCUAAUAACAAUUUGUUAUUGCAAAAAUAUAACCCAUUUAUGCACAUUAUCUAAUUUAAUGAUUAUAAAAUAUAUGAUAAUUAUACUUAACAAUAUCACAUUGACACCACUUGAUAUUUUAAAACAUAUUAAAUUUGUAUGUUUAUACUAGAGUAUAUACUAGAGUAUUAUACAGAAUGCUACGUAUUAGUCCACGUAACGUUUCACAGAUUAUAGCAAACAUAACCAAAAAAUUGCUUUGUUUAGUAUAUUGUUUAAUGUUUAAACACACACAGGUCUAAGAAUUGUGCGUUUUUAUAUAACAUGGAACAGUGUGUAAAAAAACCAAAAUUAGAUGUAAGUAUAAAGGAAGGAGAGGCAGAAAUUUUAGUUGACAAUACAAACGUAUUUUAUAAUCCUGUUCAAGAAUUUAACAGGGAUCUUAGCGUAGCUGUGUUAACAACUUAUAUAAAAGGUAUAAAGAAGCAACUAACAGAGACAGACACAGAAAAACAAGAUAGAAUUGUCAUACUGGAAGCUUUAUCUGCUACUGGUUUACGUAGCAUUCGGUAUGCCAAAGAAGUAAAAGGCAUAAAACAAAUCAUAGCCAAUGAUAUUUCUGCAAAGGCAGUUGAAAGCAUUAAAAAUAAUAUACAACACAAUGGAGUCGAAAAUCUUAUAAAACCAAGUCACGAAGAUGCAACAUUGCUCAUGUAUCAAAGUAAAAAGGACAAGUUUAACGUAAUAGAUUUAGACCCAUAUGGUUGUCCUACAAUGUUUCUGGAUGGCGCGGUACAAUGUGUAUCAGAUGAUGGACUGCUUAUGAUCACAGCUACAGAUAUGGCAGUAUUAGCUGGUAACUCCCCUGAAACUUGUUUUCUUAAAUAUGGAGCUAUCUCUUUAAAAUCUAAAGCGUGCCAUGAAAUGGCACUAAGAAUAUUAUUGCAAAGUAUUGCUUCACACGCAGGGCGGUAUGGUAGAUACAUAGUACCAGUACUUUCUAUAAGUGCUGAUUUUUAUAUAAGAGUAUUUGUUAAAGUAUUUUCCAGUCAAAUUAAAUGUAAAGAGAAUGCAACUAAAAUUGGAAUGGUAUACCAAUGCACAGGCUGUGAAAGCAUCAACACUCAACCAUUAUGUUAUAAGAAGCCUACCGGAGGCUACAAAUUAGCAUCUUUACCUUAUGUGGAUCAACUUUGUAAAAUCUGUCAGCAUAGACAACAUGAAGGGGGACCGAUAUGGUUAGGUCCUUUGCAUGACCAACAUUUUGUAUCUAAUCUUUUAUGUAAUUUAAACGAAAUGAAGUUGGCAACAUUAAAAAGAAUAGAAGGAGUUUUAAAUGUUAUUCGCGAAGAAUUAGACGUUCCAUUAUAUUAUACUCUUAGUCGUUUAAUGUCUAUAAUCAAAUGUAUUACACCGUCGAUGUUAACAUUUCGAUCUGCAUUAUUAAACGCAGGAUAUUGUGUAUCGUAUUCACAUGCCUGCAAAACAUCUGUAAAGACGGAUGCUCCAAAUGAAGUUAUAUGGGAUAUUGUACGUGCAUGGGAAAAAAAUAAUUCCGUAAAAAGAAAUAAACUACCAAGUGAUAGCCCCGCGAUAAGAAUAUUAAAGACACCAACGACAACAAACGUUUCGUUUGAUAUACAUCCUCUGGCCAAUCCAUUAUCUAGGCAAAACAAGCUAACGCGAUUUCAACAAAAUCCUACGAUCAAUUGGGGCCCUGGUACACGUGCAAGAACGAGAAUAGACUUAGAAAAUGGAGUAGAAAAUUCGAAAAAGAUAAGAAAUCAAAAUAAAAAUUCCAGAAAAGAAAAACCAUGAUCAACAAACGACACUGAGAAAAUAAAGCCUUUAUAAAGAUAUUUGUAUCUAUUCUUGUACCUAUACCGUAAAUUUUCAUUAAAAAUACAAGUUUAUAUAAACGAA